GAUACAUUAAUUUCAGACUUGUGUAAAGCCAUGAGUAAGAAUCCAUCUGUAGAGAUGCUAAAUAUAUCUAAGAACAAUAUUACUAAUACUUCUUAUUAAGCAAUUAAGUAAAUGAUUGAAUAGAAUGAUACUCUGCUUGAAUUAUAUUUAAGAUGGAAUUCUAUUAAAGGAUCUGGAGGUCUUGAAAUAUUCAAGGUUCUUUAGGCCAAUAAAAAUAUCAAGGUUCUGGAUUUCUCUUAUAAUUUACUUGGAGCUGGGAGUGUAAUUAUAACAGCCCUUAAAGACUUUAUAAUAGAAAAUAAGACAGUUUAACAUUUAGAUUUAUCUGCAAAUGGAUUCACAUAUUAAGAUUGCCUUUAAAUUUCUGAAGCUUUGAAAUCUAAUCAUUCUAUUUAUGGAUUCCAUUUUAGGGGUAAUUUUGGUUAUGUGGAUUCAAAAGGCUUUCUAGUUAUUGAGAACAAUAUGAAAAAUUAUAAUUCUAUUCAUGUAGAUCAAAGAAUUAAAGGAGUAUCUCCAAAUCCAAAACCAUAUGAACACACUUCUCAUUUUGAGAAAUUAAAAGAUGUUUGUUGGAUUUGUGAUGAAUGGUAAAUGAGUACUUUUGAGUGGAUUCCCAGUAUUAUAAAUAAAUUAUUAUAGAUUAAAGUGGAGCUUGUUCUGAAGAGCCAAUAUUUAUUCAUUUUGAUUAUGAAGGCUUUGAACCAAUCUUCUUAGGAAAACCUGAUUCAAAUGGUAAUUUUAAUACACAUCGAAUGAUUCCAACAGGAGAUAUAGAAUAUUUUUAUACUGCUAAUUCAAUAUAAAUAGCCAGCCAAACUGCUCCAAUUAAAUAACAUAUAGAAAAGUUUAGAACUAAAGUUUCAAUUGCAGAUCAAAUAGUAAAUGUGUUAAUUGAUGAAACAAAUUUAGAAAGUUUUAAAAAAUCAAAGCCAGUAAUAGAAGAUUGGUAUCCUACUUAUGAUGUUUUACCAAGAACAUAAGAUCCAAUUUAUAUUCCAGCAAAAAGAAAGAAACAAAAAAGAAUUUGGACUUAUCCAAUAUCAAUUUGGGCUCCAAAAUACAAAUUUGAUACUGAAGAGCUUCUUAGAAAAUGCUUUGAAAGAGAUUGGGCUUGUUGUAAGAUAUCAAAAUUUGUAAAGAAAUAAGAAGAAUAAGAUCAAGUCAAAGAAAUGUUAUGGUAAGCAUAUAAACCAAUGAGAGAAACUUAUAGAUUUUAUGCAAGUGUUAAUCCUACAGGGGAUGUAUUUUCAAUGUCUGUAAAUCCAACUUCUGAUUUCAUUAAUCAAUGUUAAUUGAUAGAUGGAAAAUAAUUAAAAUUAGCUGAUGUAGAUUUAAAAUUUAUUGCUACUUGCAGUGCUUCAUCCAUUGAUUGGAAAGGCAAUUAUAGAAAUCCUGAAAGAUCUUUAGUCAGAUAUUAAAUGAUGGAGUUUUUAGUUAGAUUGUCAGAUGAUAAAUAUGUUAGAUUCAAUCCUUAAAUCAAUAUAGUUUAAGCAACUAAAAUGAUUUUAGAUUAAUGCAUGCCUCAUAUGUCUUAAUAUGAUUGUCAUAAAUGGAGAGCUGAACGAUACUUUGUUGAAUAAUGUGAUGAUGUAUGUAAAAAAUAUAAAUGGGUUAUUGACUAUGUUUAUAUGAGAAAUUCGUAGAAAAAGGUUAAACCAGGUUAACCUCCAUUUAUGUGUUUAGAUGAACUUAAAGACAUUUGUAAUAGGGCCAAUUUGUAUGAUGAGAAUUUUGUUGAAAGAGAUGUCAAUCUAGCUUUUAAUUUAUCUAUGUUGACAUAGGUUGAUGAAUUGGAAAGUGAUCGAUUAUUUUAAAUGUAGUGGAUUGAAUUUAUGGAAGCAAUUGCUAGAAUUUCAGAAAAGUAUUCUCCUAUUGCAUUAGGAAAAAAAGAUGAAGUAAUAUUAAGUUUAUAACUUUAGAAAGAAUGGAAUUAUGAACUUAGAUUUCAACAACCUUUAUAUUAUAAACUUGAAGCCUUCAUGAUACAUUUAAUUAAUACUUUAGUCGAUGAAGAAACCAAAAAGAAUUGGAAGUAACCAACUAUUUCAAUGUUUGAUGAAGUUGAAGAAGAUGAAUAUUAUUGAAAUAUGUAAUGUUUAUUUUACGUGCG